UUAGAAUAUGGAAACAAACUACAUCAAAAAAUAAACGUAAAAAGUAAAAACUAACUGUAUGUUCAUUACAAGAAGGUUAUCUCAGUAGACAUCCGGCAAAACAAUGAGACGUGGACCGGGCGGUAUUGGUGCUAUUAAUAAGCAAAGAUUAGCAAAGGCUAAAUAUGAGCAAAAAGGGACUGCUAUUGCUGAUGCACAGAUAACUCAGAUGUCAAAGCAACUAGAAUCAUUUAAAACAUAUCUUGAAGAAUUUGCUACCAAACACAAGUCUGAUAUCAAGAAAAAUCCUGAAUUUCGAGGUCAUUUUCAGCAAAUGUGUGCACGAAUUGGAGUUGACCCUCUGGCAUCAAGCAAAGGAUUCUGGGCUGAAAUGUUAGGAGUAGGUGAUUUUUAUUAUGAGCUUGGUGUUCAGGCAAUUGAAAUUUGUAUGGCAACAAGAACAAGAAAUGGAGGACUUCUAGCUCUUGAUGAACUCCAUCGUUUAUUGUUGAAAGGAGGCGGAAAAUCCAGACAAGAUGUCACUGAGGAUGACCUAGCUCGUGCUAUCAAGAAACUUCAUACAUUAGGAAGUGGCUUUCAAAUUAUUCCUGUUGGAAAAAGUAGAAUAGUUCAAUCUGUCCCUGGUGAAUUGAAUAUGGACCACACUACAGUUCUACAGCUGGCACAGGCAACCUCAUACAUUUCAUUAUCUGCUGUGAAGUCUCAGUUAGGAUGGGAAGAGAAACGAGCAGUUCAUGUUGUGGACCACAUGAUUCAAGAGGGUAUGAUUUGGAUUGAUGAUCAAGAUCCUAAUGAACGUUUAUAUUGGUUUCCUGGACUGUUUAAGGAUACUUAGCUACUGUCUAGGUAAUUACUAUUUGGAACUUAGACCUACGGAAUGAGAGUAAUUUCACCAAAAAUUCAAAAAUCAUCAGUAAAAAUGUGGGCCAGGUUUUUCAAAGUAGCGUCACGGUUCUCCAACUACAUAUAAAUCGUUAAGAAGACUUUUUCUUUUUUCAUUUUUAAAAAACCGAUUCUACUGUUGUUAUUUGAAAGAGUUCCUUCACUAAACUAAGGGCUUCUGUCGAACUCUGCUGAUAUAAGAAUGAAUCGAACUGCAUAUAUCCGCAUCAUGUGGGUUGAAAAUUUGCAAAAGAUAUAUUUUUAAAAUACCAUUAUCAUAAGAUUGUCAGAUUGAACACGACCAUUUGAUAUCGAAAUUUUUUUUUCUUCAAGCCACGAU